AUGAAAUAUGCAAUUGUUACGCCGAAUGCAUUCAAACGGUCUUCGAUAGUCUGCCACUCUUACGGCCAGACUGUAUGUCACUCUAACAACAGGCGGUAUCACGGGUCUCCAUGCAGACCUCGACCAAGUCUCGAACCGCGAUUAGAGGACCACGGCAAAGUAAUUGUCGAUGAGUAUUCAAUCAUUCGUGAUAAAUAUGCUGCACCGAAAUACCCUGUCGUUCUCGCCCAUGGCUUGCUCGGGUUUGAUGAACUGCGCCUUGCUGGCCCAUAUCUCCCCGGUGUUCAGUACUGGCGUGGGAUCAAAGAGGCCCUGACGGCGCGAGAUAUUGAAGUUAUCACGGCAACAGUGCCCCCGUCGAGCUCUAUUGAAGCGCGGGCUGAACAAUUGGCCCGAAGCAUUGAGGCCGAGGCUCAAGGGAAAGAUGUUAAUAUCAUUGCUGGACUUGAUUCACGAUAUAUGAUUAGCCACAUACGACCGGAGAAGUUCAAAGUCUUGUCACUGACCACUAUCGCAUCUCCGCACCGAGGUUCAUCUGUGGCGGACUAUGUACUUGAUCAAAUUGGAGCCGAUCGCCUACCUCAGAUCUAUUAUGCCCUUAAUCGACUCAGUGUCGAGACAGGUGCAUUCGCUCAACUAACAAGGAAAUACAUGACCGAGACCUUCAACCCCAAUACCCCAGAUGUCGAUGAUGUCAGAUAUUUCUCCUAUGGAGCAGCAGUGGAGCCAAGUAUAUGGUCUGCCUUUCGGCUUUCACACCGAGUACUUGCAGAGAUUGAAGGACCCAAUGAUGGCCUGGUUAGCGUUUCUAGUAGCCGCUGGGGAGGCGAUGCAGGAUACAAAGGAACCCUCAUGGGCGUCAGCCAUCUAGACCUGAUCAACUGGUCCAACCGGCUUAAAUGGCUAGUCGGGGAGGUAACAGGCAACAAACGAAAGUUUAACGCCAUUGCAUUCUACUUGGACAUCGCAGACUUCCUGAAGGGCAAGGUUGUGCUCCAGCUACCGGCGGAAGCAGCCAUCGGGGCCAUUCAGGUCAAAUUGGAGUGCGAGAGCCGCACUCGUCUAUCCGGUCCCAAGAAUCCCCAAAAUGUGCACUCGGACAAAAAGCGAACGGAGCUUGAGGUUCACAAGAUCUUAUACAAGGUUGCUACCGUCUUCCCGACACCAGGGUCAUAUGAGUACCCUUUCGAAUUCAAGUUCCCCUUCAAUAAUUCAUGCAGCACCACCAACAGCAUGCUUACCAAUCUAAACUUCUCUGGAUUGAAGGUCGAGGUAGCUAAAGACACCAACCGACACGUCAGAAAGACUCUCCCGCCAUCUUUAAGCGGGUUCCCAGGUGUAGCAGAUAUCAAAUACUUCGUCAAGGCCACAGUCAUCCGGCCGCAGUUCUACAAAGAAAACAUCAGAUCGAUUGUCCCUCUGAACUUCCUUCCAAUUGAACCGCCAAGGGUCGGGAAUCCCAACGAGGAAACCUACGCCAGGCGGCAACACCAAUUCUCCAAAACCCAGGUUGCUUCUAAGAAAAAGAGCAUAUUCUCACGCGGAUCUUCUUCACUCAAAGAGCCAUACACAGAGCCUCCUCGGGUGUCUGUAGAUGCUCGGCUUCCGAACCCCUCUAUUCUCACUUGCAACGAACCUGUCCCCCUCCGUCUCCUCGCCAAAAAGCUGACCGAAGGUCCGGACGUAAUCUUCCUUCAGAUGUUGCAGGUGGAACUAAUAUCCUACACGAAAAUUCUGGCCCAUGACCUCAACCGCACUGAAAGCGGCUCGUGGGUUAUCAUGAGCCGCAGCAAUAUGAAUAUCCCGUUAGGCAAGCCAGGGGAUCCCGUAGGCACUGAUUGGACUAUUGAUCCUAACCUGUGGAAUCGGUAUCCAUUACCUAACUCGGUGGCACCAUCCUUUGAGACAUGUAACAUUGAAAGAUCUUACGAGCUGGAGAUUCGAGUGGGCUUGACUCAUGGAAAUGCCCGGGAAAUGCAGCCUCAACUUAUCGUUCUUCCCCUACGAAUGCCAGUCAGAGUAUUCUCAGGAAUCGCUCCACCACAGGCCCUCCUGGAUGCAAUGGCCGCUGCAUCCCUUCAGCCAUCAUCAUCCUCUAAAGUGAAACCCCAGCCCAGCUUGCCAACAGAGAUAGGAAGCAGCCGACCACCCAUUCCACCAAGGCCAACAGGCGAGCCUGUACCUGUCAAUUCCGGUGAUGUAUAUGACGACGCACCACCCAGCUACGAGGAUGCCAUGGGAGACCACCUGAGUCCACUGGACGGACCACGUCGCGAGUAUCACCCACCAGAUGCCUCGUCACCAAGUACAGUAGAAUUUGGAGCUGAUUCCAAGUCCGCAGCCCUACCGGGUAAGGCGCUUGAGGAUGGGCCCGCCGCGGAAGGAUCCUCGGCCCCUCGUCGCCGAGGCAAUCGUGCUUCCACGGAGUCCUUCGACAUGCUACCUACCACACCGCCGGAAUCCCAAUCUGGAUCACCUCCCGCAUCCCCUGUGAGACGCCCGGGGAGCAUGAUGAAAUUUCCACGGAACAACGUUGAUGAAGAAAGCCCGCCGCAAUAUGAACCUGUUGCGGGGAAUCAGCUGAACGUUCCCCAAGCUGUGCAACGCCAGCGUCCGCGGAAUAAUCUUCGUCCUAUGAACUUAGGUGUUCCUAAUCGGAAGCCUGUGCCACGAAAUCCGAAUCGGGCUCAAUAG